AUGUCGGAAUCACCUCCCCCACCGCCGCAAUGGAACAUUUCCACCAUGGCCGGCAAUGCCAUGCAAUUUCUCCGUCUCCCCAUGCUGGCUUCGUCAGGACUAGCAGUUAUUGCAAGUAGUCUACUAUACUUCAAACAAAAUGAAAUAAUAUAUCCACGAACUGUACCAGUCGAUGCUCGUACAAACGUUCCAAAGGCAUCAUCUUUCGGCAUAUCUGACUAUGAAGACCUUCAGAUCCCAACUCCUGACGGCGAGUCACUGAAUGCCUUGUUUAUCCGCCCGUCGAAUAAGGACACCGCUCGGGACGUCACAAUCUUAAUGUUUCAUGGCAACGCUGGAAAUAUUGGUCAUCGAGUACCCAUUGCAAAAGUAUUAACAAAGGUUCUGAACUGCAAUGUGUUCAUGCUUGAAUAUCGCGGAUACGGGCUGUCCACCGGGACGCCUGAUGAAAGGGGUCUGAAUAUCGAUUCCCAAACAGCUCUUGAUUACUUACGAAACCGAGCAGAGACAAGAGACACGAAGAUUGUAGUCUACGGACAGAGUCUUGGUGGCGCUGUUGCGAUCAACCUUGUGGCCAGAAACUUAGAAAAGGGCGUUAUCGCAGGUCUCAUCCUCGAGAACACGUUUCUAUGCAUCCGCAAACUUAUUCCAUCUGUCUUCCCGCCUGCUCGCUAUCUCGCGCGCCUAUGUCAUCAGUAUUGGAGCAGCGAAGAUGUGCUUCCGAAGAUAGAAAAUAUUCCCAUUCUAUUCCUGAGUGGCCUGAAAGAUGAAAUGAUUCCUCCCUCGCAUAUGUCGCAACUGUUCGAACUAUGCAAAGCCGAAACAAAAGUGUGGCGCGAGCUUCCCAAUGGUGGUCACAACGACAGUGUCGCAGAGCCCAACUACUUUGACUAUAUUCGGGCAUUCGUCGUAGACUACGUAAUCGACUGA